AAUAAAGUUCGGGGAGGGGGGGGAAUGCCUGUGGAGGUUUAAGAACUUCAAACCGGGAAGAGUCGUGGAAGAGUUAAGCAGCUGGAGCUUCGGGGAAAAACGUGGAGGCUUAAUAAAUUUGGUUCUCUGAGCUCUGGGGGGAAGCUCCAGAGGGUUUUGAGCUGCUGAGUGCACUGAGGAUGAGACAUCUCUGGCUCUAGUGUAAUUUACCCAAUAGAGAAGAAGAAUUUGGGUCUUGGAGAUGUCUUUUUCUUCCCCUGUUGAGGAAAACACCUUAAAAGUGCAAAUGGACAGUCAGUGUUACCCUGAUGGCUGCCAAGUAGUUCCAAUUUGGAAGUUGGUGGCCAUGUGGCCAUCAGAAAAGGAAGAGGAGGAGACCAUAAUCCUGAUCAGUGAUGAUGAUGAUGAUGAAGUGCAGUGCCCAGAUGAUGAUGGUGAAGGGGAGAGCACCCAAGGGAGUUCUGUCCUGCUUGUAGAGCCACAAGAGAAAUCUCCCCUGGAAGAGAAUAAAUCAGAGGAAAUGGUGGAUGAGGAAGGGGAUUUGGUGGUCACCUACUGUAAGCAAGCAGAUGUGAUGCCUCACGCGAGACACGACUGCACUGUACACCCCUUCCAGAGAACAGAGAGUGAUACUUCCUCCCCCCUUGGGAAAAACGCAGAUAUUUGUGACGAGUGCUACUGCUACAUCUGUGACAAACUGGCUGCCAAGUGCCAGCUCUGGACAGCCCCUUCCCUGUGCCACUGCAAUGCCCACAACAAAAGCAACUUCUGGAAGGCUCAGAGGAACUCUGCCCUAGCUGGGAUCCUGGCCACCUUCAACCUGGAGCUGCUGGAGCUGGACACAGAGCUGCGCCACGGGGGAGAUCUCCUAGAAAAAUUCAUCAAGGAUCUUUCUGUAGCCUAUAACAAGUACCUGACAGGAGAAAGGAUGUGUCCCCCAGGACAUGAAUGCUUCUGCAAACCAAAAUUGCCCCCAGGGCAGUGCAGUGUCUGCAGCUCACAGAACCUGGAGGUGGUGUACAGGUAUUCUGAUGUUUUCGACCUGGUAACAAGAUUUUUAAAUCAGGCAGAACAAGAAAGCCCCAAAGCUGCUGCUGUCAUGCUGCUGGGAGCAGCUAAACAGAUCGCCCUGCACAAAGACCCUGCUCUGCUUAGGAACUGCCAGAACCUUGGCCACACUGCUUCCCUAAGGAUCGCUGUCCCAUUUCUGUUCCAUAGGAUCACAACCCGGCUGCAGAGGAUGCUGGUGUUGUGUGACUUCCCAAAAAUUCUCUAUGAAAAGUUUGUUGACUUUUUUCAUUCCAUCUCCCUUCCCUGUCACUGCUUUGCCUUCACAAACAGCUUGAAUGUUUUGCACUGGGAUCACGUGUUACUGACCACAGUUUUAAAAGGGCAGAACAUCACUGGGCAGAGAAGACAGAAAGGAAGGAAAAUGUACCUGUGGGAGGCACUCCCUGUUGUGGAAGCUCGAGUGGAGAAACUGCUGGAGAAAAAAAAGUACAAGGAGGUUGUUCGGUACCUGAGAGCUGUGAAAUGCAGUGAAAACGGAAGGCUCCGCGACCUUCGGGACCUGAUCCCAUUCUACCUGUGCAAAACUGGGAAUUUCCUGGAUGCUGCCCAUUCCCUGCUGAUCCCUGUGAACAGCCUGGCCUGCUGCUCUGCCUGCAGGAUCACUCCCUGCCAGUUCAAGAUCUACCUCAAGAUCUUCAGGACAGGCUGUGUUCCCUCUGGGAAUGAGAUGCUGGAGACAGGGCCCUGGCUUACAGCUGGAUCUCCCCUGAGGAACACUGUGCUAAUUAAGCAGGCACUCAAACUGCUCUACAGCAGCGAGGCACUCUACAGGAACCCCAAAUGUUGGAGUUCGUUCAUCAUGAUUUUGGGGAGCAGCAAUUUGCUGGAGAAGAGGGGGCACCUGCUUCCCUUAUCCCUGAAGGAGCCCCCCCUUAGCUUCCAAGAGAAUGUGCUGGCUGCCAGUGCUAACUUCCUGAAGGAUCUCAAGUCUGGAGUUAAUGUCUCUUUACCAUCUGCUAUUUUCACUGGUGAGCUGCACCAUGAGGCUUCUUUCAUCCUGGCAGUGCAAGCAGUGCAGCAGAUGCUUUGUUGUGACCUGCCCCACUUGAAUUCCUUCAUAGAGCUAGUCCUGGCUUUUGGGAAAAACUUCUGGCCUCUGAGGCUGUUGCUGGACCAACUUUCCUAUGAGGAGCACAUCCUGUGUGGCACUGCCAACCUGCUUUUGAGGGAUCUGAGUCGGGAGAAAGCCAUGAUGCUGAGAGUAUGGGAGAACCUUGGUCCCCAGUACGUGGGGGAGUUCCUGUGCCUGUUCCUAACCUCCAGACACAAGAGGAUGCAAUCUGUGGGGCUCCUCAGCCUCAACAUGGUCAUAGAGAACCUGCACCUAUGUCCCUGGGCAAAGCAGCUCUGCACCUUUUUCCAUGAAUCAGGGUUGAGGCAGCUCCCCUUUGGCACCACAGUUCACCACGAAGUUUCCAAGUUUGUCAGUGCCUUUGAGAAGCUCUGAUUUGGACCAAAUCCUCA